UUUUGUUGAGAAUAAAUUUCUAAAGGUUAUGGUAAUACAACUUUCAUACUUUGGGAAAGUUGAUGUUUGUUAUCGUUAAAAGGGAAUAUUAAAUUUCAUGUUGGAAAGUAUUAUUAGCAAAGGUUCUGAAAACUGUAAACACCAAACAAAUUAUAUCCACGUUAUUCUUGCUUGAAAGAGCACUGAACUGUUCCUUAGUGAACACCAGAUGGGGUUAAGGACAAAUGAAUACAUAAAAAGAAAAUCAGCUUACCGGGUAUGUAAUGUUUGUCCAUCCUGUAUUUCCUUACCAGCUGUUUUCUCUCUCCUUAUAAGCAUGUACUGGCUGAAUGGUUCUGUGUUAAUCCAGCAUAUCUCUAAACGAAGGCACAGUCUCACAUGUUUAGUCAAGGUUUAUGAAUGUGGUGGUUAUUGUAGUUUUAUCUGCUGUCUGACAAAAUGUUGUGUUGUGCUGCAAAAACAUCAGUCAGGUUCUUUUACUUAAUUUAAGGAGCAGUUAAUGGCGUAAUUAUGAAGAUAUUCAUAAUUACUUUUGAAAAAAUUUAAGAGGCUGAAAGUAAAGUCAACAAAGGGAAUUUGAACUGAGAUGCGUCUCUUUUUUGACAGCGUCGUCCAUAAUGUAACUCGGUGAUGGGCAAGACUGGCUGAUUGCAAUAUUUGGAUAUCAUUUAUGGUACUUCUCUUUUUUUAGAUUUAAAUUUCCUUGUUCACAAAGCUUUUAAUUUCAGAAAAGAAACUAAAUAGAUAAAUGUGUAGACUUUGAUGGAAAUUUUAGUUUUUUGGUCCCCAGCUUAUAUGUUUGUGUAGGAAAGACAGGUGACGGCCACUGCAGAUGUGGCUCAGUGUGUGCGUUAACAUGUUGAGAAACACUGAUCAGAGUUUAGAGUAUCCUGUCGGAUGUAAUUAUAAACAGUGUAGUUGUGUUUCUGGAAAAUAUAGAAAUUCAGUCAGCAUGAGUAAGUGAUAGUUAUGUAAUAAUUUUUGGACUACUGGAUUUUUCUCGUGAGGCUCUCCAGCCCCCUCUCUCUUCAAAAUAGACUGAUGCAGUCUCUGAGUAACAUAAUUGCUCCUGGUUUAACUAAUUCCAUGCAGUCUGUUUCUUGAAAAGCUAUUAGUAACUCAUGUAGGUAAGAAAUUGUCCAAAGAUUCAUUACUGUGUUUACAACAGGUCACCUGGUCCCCGUUCUGAGCCGUAUUAAUCCAUUGCAUGUAAUGUCAGUUUUAAAGAUCUAUUUUAAUGUUAUCCUCCCUUCUACACUCAGGUCCAUACAAGUCUUCCAAGUGGCAUUUUCCUAUCAGUUUUCCUUUCAGGUUUUUCAGACCAAAAUUUUGUAUACAUUUUUUACUUCCAUGUGUGCUUCAUGCCCUGCCCAUCUAAUCAUCCUUAAUUUGGUCACUUUAUAUUUGGUAAAGAGAUCGAAUUAUGAAUCCCUUUCUUAUGCAGUUUUACCCAGCCUCCUGUUGCUUUCUUUCUCUCUGGGUCCACAUAUUCACUUUAGCAUCUUUUUAAAACACCUUCAGUCUUUCCUCAAGAUGGGAGAGCAGGUUUCACACCCAUACAGAACAACAGUGAUACCGGCAGGAGCGAUUCAGAUUGCAAGUCAGGGCGAGACUGUGCAGGGACUGCACACGCUAACAAUGACGAAUGCAACGACGGCAGGUGGAGCGAUUGUACAGUACGCUCAAGGUCAAGAUGGUCAGUUCUUUGUGCCUGUGGUAACACAAGGGGGAGGUAUUGCUGGAGGUCCGAUCAUAGCUGAAGACCAGGCGAGAAAGAGAGAGAUGCGGCUGCUCAAGAAUAGGGAAGCUGCUAGAGAGUGUCGGAGAAAGAAGAAGGAAUACAUCAAGUGUCUAGAGAACCGUGUGGCUGUGUUAGAAAACCAGAACAAGGCUCUUAUAGAGGAGCUCAAGUCUUUAAAAGAAUUAUAUUGUCAGCAAAAAACAGAUUGAGGUUGAUACUAGUGAACCUCAUCCUGGGAAACUACUUGUUCACCUGUUACUGCCACCUGUGACGGGCUGGUUACUGUGUUUUGUGUUUGCGUCACAUGUGCAAUGGAAAUUAACGCUGUAAUUAACACAAUGUUAAUUAUGUAUUGUGACCAAAAAUAAGUUACCACGUUAUUGGUCAUCUGGUUUUUUGAGGUGCAUAGCUGUGAUUGGCCUUGAGUGCCGUCCCGAGUCUUUACUUUAAGUCGCUGUAGGAAACUGCAGUAUCUGACAGCAUGGUUCGGUUGUUAGCCAUUCUAAAUCGGUAUGCAUUAGGAUGGAAUGCGUGGGCAAAGAAAGUACCUUACACUGUGAGUGAGUUUUUCCUGCUUUUUUAUGUUAAAAAACUAUCUAAAAAGAGCUGUUUUCUUAAGGUAUGACAGAAGCAUUGUUGACAGUAUCUGUAAAUUUUGUAUUUAAGUAUAACUAAUGUCAACAAUGAAUAAUAUAUGGAAGUGUGUUUGUAGGAAGGAAGAAAACUCGCAUUGACUGUUGUGUGUAUGAAGGCUUGUGAGAGGUGUAAUGCCAAAGUUACGUUAUAGGUAUAUCAGACGACCUGAAUGAAGCUGUAAGACUUGUUCCAGGCUUGGAAAGUGAUAGAUGACGCCUCCUCUCCCCUCUUCACCCCCAUAUACUUCAUUGUACUUGCAUUGUGCCACCAAGACUGGUUUAUAGUUUAGGAUCUUGCUUUGGUACAUACUCAGGGGCUAGGAAAGUAAUUAUGUGCCAUAACCAAUUUUCAUGCUGUCACUUUCAUUCUUUGUUGUAUCAGGAUACAGGAACCACAAUCUUGAGUUCUGGUUUUUAAAACAUUUAAACAGCUCUUUUUUUUUGGUAUAUUUCUUUUAUUUGAUAGUUUUCGUGGGAAAAUGUUGAUUUGAAUAAUGAGGAUACUAUGUUAACCCAUGUCCUUUGUUAAAUGUUUUGCUUUUAGAAGUUGAUACAUUUUUGAAGUCUAUAUUUUUCCUUUGUUGUGUGAUAUUGUACCCUGUAUCUGAGAAGUAUGUUGAGUACAAAACUGUUAGAAAUCAGUGCUUAAAGUGUGAGGGGUUAGGGCAGAUAUUUUAUGUUUACUUACAAAACAGUGUUUUAUAUACGGCAAACACAUCUGCUUCUGCCUGGCAGUUCACGUUGCAGUGAAGGCUGGUGAUUAUAAUUAUCGAAACUCGUGUCAUAAGUACAGUAUCAUUGGCUGUAUUGUUGGGUGGCCAUAUAUCAUACUGUACAUAAUCUUCACGUUUAAUUUGUUUUCAAACCUGUUUAUUGUGUAUGUACUAUUAGAUAUUUCCAAACACCUAUCAGUAAUUUUAUGGUCAUAAUCGAUUUUGCACAUAAGCAUAAAAUGGAGAUAAUGUACCAGCACUGGUAUGAUUUUCAAAUUGUUUUUAUUGUUUAGAUGCCAUUGUACAUUGUGUUGUACAACAAUAUUAGGAUUCUUUGGUUUUUACUAUUUGCUAAGGCAAAUAUUUGUAAUAGUUGUUGGGAUAACAUAUUUUAUCAUGUGCAUAAAAAGAUUUGUCCCUUUCUACUAUAAAUGAACUGGAGCAGUGGUAUUUAACCUUUUUUGUUCGUGUACCCCCAGAUAUAAUUUCUCUUCAACUUUGUACCACCAAAGUUGUUUGUGUAUAAUUCAGGUUAUACAAAGUAUAUAAUCUACGUCUAAAAUAAAUUAAAUAAAUUACGUUACUGAUUAUUAAGUGUUAUCAUAAAAUAAUAUAUAUAUGUAUAUUAAAUUUCACGUACCCCUGAGAUGUGUUCGCGUACCCCAGGUUGAAUACCACUGAACUAGAGCAUCGCAGAGGUAUAUCUGUGUGCCAUCUCUCACUUGGGAAUUUGGGUUUUUUUUUUUUUUUUUUUUUUAAACGUUAUAUUUGGCAUUGUUCAAUGCCCAAAAUGAAGAGAGACAUUUCACAUUCUAAAACUCGCUGAAAGUUCAGGGAUAGUCAGGGGACCAUGUCACCUGGUUUUAUGAAAAAUGUUCCCCCUUCCACUUCUAUGCUUUAAGCUCUGUGUCUCAGUUGAUAAUUAUAGAGAAACCCUGUACUGCACUGGGAUGUCUGUCUGCAAGGGAGCAACAAAUGUUUGAAAGUCAGAUUAUGACAAGUGAAAUGCUGAAGGAGAGUUGUUGUUGUUAUUAUUAUUAUUCAUAUAAGGAAUGUACAUAUAUAUAUUUUUUUAAAUCAGUCGACAUAAACUAUAUUCUAAUGUUAAAAAUACAUAACUAUGUGUUUCAACUUAUCAGUCAUUCCCAAGAACCUAAACAUUUCUCAGUCCUGUGUUUGUCUUUGUAAUAUUUACAAAACCUGUGCAUACAUUUAGCAGACAUUUUCUACAAAAUUGAAAAAUGAAAUAUAAUCGUUCUGGCUAAAAAAAUUUGACACACCCAUUGUUUCUCAUAACAUGAUGUUUCAGGAACUGGAUCUGUCUGUGUCAUCUGGUAAAAUAAGGGGGACAAAAGGGUUCCGAUUCUAUGGGGUCCCUUAGAAGGAGCUGUUCUCCAUCACUGGCUUCGAAACACUGUGUUAUGAGAAACAGAUGAUGGAUAAUGUCCAAAAUGUUAGCUGAAAAUAUCACAAUACAGCAUUGUCAAUAUCCUUUAGAAUGAUAUUAAAUAUUAUCUUAACAUUAAAACCCUACUUACACCACAGGUUUUCAUAAGAUAGAAUAAUUAAUGUAAUCUAUAUCGAUGUUUUGGUUCUGAUAGUCAUUGAUGCUUCAUUAUUUCAUUUGUAAUAUAUAAUCUCUAUCUAGUAGGCUAUCUGUUUUCUGUAUCUUCACUUCUCUUCCAUUUUCCUGUAGUAUAUGUUCAUUUAAUUAUAUUUCUAUCUACCUGUAUUGAUAUUACUAAUUUGUAAAAUAUUCUUACACUUCAGUGUUAUUGAUUAUAUUUGUUGAUGUAUGUUCAUGCUAAAUGUGCGAGUUGUACUGUACUUUGUGUACUGACUGCUGUAUGACCAGCUGUUUAUGGGCAUUACAUGUACAUGUACUGUAGUAAUACAUGGGCAGAUGGUGCAUAAAGUGUCUAGGAUAUGGCAAUUUAAAAAUAAUACAAGACUGAAAGAUGUACUUUGGACUGCAUUGAAAUUUGAAAGGUGUACUUUAUGUCGUGAUAAUGUGGGUUGCCUAGUUCUUAGGUAAAAAGUUACAGGCAGACAUAUUUGGGUUCAGAAGAUGUUCUUUGCUUGUGCUGGAGCGUGAAGAACACCUACAAAAAUCACUGUGGACAAAUAAGAGAUUGAUGAUGACCAGUGACUUGAAAUGUGCAGCCCUGUAAGUUUUAAUAUGAAAAUAUUGUUUGUGUUGACUGAUUAAAUAUAAAUAAUAUUCCUUACCUCAAUGAAAGUUAUUCACAAUAGGAUGAUAAAAUACAAGUUAGCUUAUUAUUAAAUUUAUUUAGUGAUAUUGUUCAUACCUUACAACUGUACACUUGAGAGUUAAAUGACAUUAGCUUAAAGGGGGAAAAAAAAUCAAGUGAUUGUUUGUAAAUACUUGUAUUUUUACAUAUCAAAAUGGGUGGUCUCUUCCUUGUAAGAAAAAGUCAAGGUUAAGUAUACCUUGCUGCAAACUGUUGCCUUCUUUUGUAAACAAUUGCCAUGCCACCAUCAUUUUAUAAAUAGCACAUGUUUUGUAAAUAUAAAUCUAUAAUGUAGAUGUUAAAAAGAGAAUAUAAUCUUUGGAAAGUACAUGCAGUUCACAAAA